UCAGUGUACACUGCCUUACCUUUAGUCUCUAUAACUGUUUCUCAAAUUAAGUAAUAAAAUCGAAACAGUUUUACCAAUGCGAGACCUUUGUAUCGCCUGUUCACCAUUUAUUGUUUUCGGAUCAAGUAGUAGUUUGACUUGCGUCAUUUAAAACCCAAUGAAUUUUUAAAAACUUUGUUUCAUCGCUCGUAGCAAUUAAUGUUUGAAAUGCAGGCCUCUAAACAUUUAACAAGUUCUCUGUCAAGUUCGGAAGAAGUAGUUAAAUUAGAAGUUAGUACCGGUAGUGAAAGUUGUCAGAAAACCGAGCACAACGAUUAUCCGAACGGAACCAAAACCAACAAAGAGCCAGAACAUUCUGAUCUUCAGAUUUCAUCUACUUCAGAAAAGUAUCCUGAUUGCACUACACAAUCUUCGAAUCCAACAAGCCGUGCUCGAGCCGAUUGUCAAGCUUCUGAAGAUACCGAGAUUUGUCGCGAUUUCAUCCGCGGAACUUGUUUUCGAGGCUCAUUCUGCCGAUUUAAACAUCAAAAAAUCCAAGAAAUUUUACCUCAAUCAUACCAAACGAAUUUUUCGAACAGUUUUAACUGCAACGUGACCUCUAGUUUGACAUCUGAGCUGAACCCAGAUUUGACCUCUUGCAUCACAUCUAAUCUUUCGCAGAUGAUUAGUAUGAACCCUUUGAUGAGUCCGGGUGUGCCCUUGCAGCCUGCGGGGCUGAACAGAAUGACGACAUACCAUUGUGGACCUGGACAAGUGCCUGGAUCACUUGGAGCGGGGACUCCAUUCGUAUUACCAGGUCUGUGCAGUCCCAUGGUGGAUCCCUCCGUGGCCUCACCCUCCAAUGGAGUAGUUGGAAUAGGGGGAGUAGGGAGUGGAGGGGGAGGGGGAGGGGGUUUGCUGAUGCACAAGGGGGGCUACACUUUUUGCCACGACUACCUGAACAGCGUGUGUAAGAGGAAGAUAUGCAAGUACAUACAUUGCUCGAAGGAAGAGGAAGACAUGUACAGGAAAACAGGCGUACUUCCAGAGCGGUUGAAGUUCCUCGCAGACAACGGGCUCAGUGUCCUUGCCAAUAUGCAGAACUCUGUUCAGGAAAUCCCAGUCUGCAGAGACUACCAACGCGGCUUCUGCGAAAGAGGCGACCACUGCAAAUUCACCCAUCCGCCCAACCUCGACAAAGUCCAAACGGACCAUCCAAACAACUCAAACCAACUGAAACGAACCAACUGUGAAUUCCCGACUGAGCACGAAGAGAAAGAGGCGUCACCCGCUAGCGGACAAUCCGAUUCGCUCACGACUACAAACUCGCCAAAACUGGCCAAACUCGACUUGGAAGAACGAUCCUCGGUUCUGUCCGAAACUGACGUCACUUUUGAUAGCUCUACUAUUCAGGGAACAGAGGCUAACUUAGCCGACGAAAACCGAAAACUGAAAGAGAACUUGCAAAUUCUGACGAAGCGAGUCGAGGAGUUGUCGAAUCGUAACCGCGAUUUGCAGAUGCAAAAUAGCAAAAUGAAGUCAGCGGCCGAGGAAAUGAUGAGAUCGCAACGCGGUUUAAAUGGAAAUGUAAAUUUGAUUAAGAUGUAUCAGCCAAGUCAGUUAGUCCAGCCACUCAAACCGAUUCAACAACAGCUAUUGUCGCCUCAGAAUAUUGCAGGGAUACCCGCCGGAAACAAUCCAGCCGCCGCUGCAUUCCAGUCCGUGCCAUCUUCGGCCCAACACAUGAUUACGUCACAACAUAUGACGUCACCGAUUGCCAUGCAACAGAUUAUGCAACAACAGUUCUCGAACAAAGUUUUGUGCCAACAGAUGGUCUACAAUGCAGCUCUUUUGUCGACCGCUCUGAACCAAUCAAAUUCGAGUACGUACUCUAACCCCACCGUUCUCUUCACUUCUCAGCCAAUCACAGCCGCCGGAUCGUGGACUAGCAUGGAAAAUAAUCACCAUCACACUAUGAUUGAGGAGAUAACAGAUCACAAAUCAUCAAAUAUUUACCCAAAUUAGAAUACACUAAACACUUUCAGUUUCUAAAUCACCAAAUCAAGCUCUGCAAAUACACAACUUUUAUUAGAAUAUUUGAAG